AUGACCCUUACAUACCGCGAUGGAAUCUCCAUUGCGCAAAUCAUCAUUUACUUUCCUGCCUUGAUCUUCGGCUACUUCUUGAUUUGGAGACAUGGGAUCCGGCAAAGUCUUGAAUUUUGUUACCUCGUGAUCUUCGCCACGCUACGAAUCAUCGGUGCAUGCUGUAUGCUAGCCGCUAUUCAUGACGCUUCAACUUCACUAUAUGUUACCAUUGGCAUUUGUUCAGCCAUUGGGCUCUCCCCGCUAAUAUCCCUGUGCAAUAGCUUUCUAAGUCGAGCAAAUACAGUCAUACAGAUCAACGGGGGGAAAUCCUUGCAUCGAGCAUGCUUCCACGCCCUCCAUAUUCUCACCAUCAUCGCCCUUAUCAUCACCAUCCUCGGUCUCACCUCUCACAUGUCCUUGUCCAUUUUCGAACACCCAUCGUCGAAGAUCAAGAUCGGUACCAUCCUGUUUGUGGUUGCCUGGUUUGUCCUCUGCACGCUGUUAGGGAUCUUAUAUUGGAAGCGCUCGGCCAUUGAGAAAGGCGAGAGACGGACGCUUCUCGCAGUCGGGCUUUCUUUACCGUUCCUCGCUGUCCGGCUGCUAUAUUCCGUUCUGAUGUGGUUCUUGCCCAGCUCAACCUUUAAUUUCAUGGACGGUAACCCGACAGUCGAGUUGGUGAUGUCUGUUCUUGAGGAGCUUGCUGUCGUGAUAAUGUGUACGGGCGUUGGAGUUGUCUUGCGAGUGAGGGACUUUCGCGGUGAGAGGGAUGGAGAUACUCGUUCGACGAGCUCGCAUCGGAUUCCCCUGAAUGCAGUAGGUAUGUAG